AUGGCAUCAUCGAAGGACCCGCGUUGGCCACGCCUGCUGCCACGUCCUCAAGACAAAAACAAGACCACCCAGCAGGAGCACCAGAAGCUGGGAGCGCCGGGACUAUCAUCAGGACCGGACGCCACCGCUACCGGCCCCGGGAUGACCCCGACAUCGCCGGGUUGCGCGCGGGCUAACGGUACGGACCGCGACACGUCCAAGCUCACAGUGGCGGGCUCCGGGCGCCACCGGCCCCCGCCGCUGGUCUGCCCCUCCGCGCACACCGCCGCCGCCGCCGCCGCCGCCAUCGACAAGCCGCCCCCGACCAUCGUCGUCUUCAACUCGCCCAUGUCGUCCGCCGCUAGCUCCGCUGCCGACGCCGCCACCGCCGUCGCCGACGAUCAUAACGACGUCGAUGGUGACAGCAGCUCCUCGAGCGCCGUCGAGAACGGCUCGCAGUCCAACAACAGCUCGGGAUCCGACUGGGCUGCCCUCUGCCACCAUCCUUCCGGCGCUAACGACAACAACAGCAACAACGCCGUCAGCCCGGCGGCGGCAGAGGGGCAACUCCGUCAGGACUACGCCGCCGCCGCCCAGUUGCUCGGCGUCCCGACCAGGAUCAUCUCGACGGCGGAGAGUAGAUCGAAUCCUCCGUCUCCCACCGGUAGCGACGAAGCAGCCUCAGGGAGUAGUAUCCCGGCCGACCAGCAGCAGGAGACGGAGGAGGAGCAAGAGAGGAGGAAGCAGCGGAGGGAGGCGGACUUGCUUCUCCAGGCGGGCAUCGCGCGGGUGGCGGGCACGGCUCGCUCGUCGUCGCUUUCGCCCGCUGCUGGUGCUGCGUUGGACCAGAGGAGGAACACACAAGGCGGCGAUGGCGGCGGCGGCGGCGGCGGCAACACUCGCAGCAAAGCGCUGCCGCAGCCGCGUCCUCUGCAGCUGUGGUCGCCGUGGCGGGCGGCAAUGACUGAGGGCGACGACAACGAACCCGCCGGCGCAGCAGGCGAACUCCCGGCCGCGAAAGCUCUCGUCGACGACACACCACCUCAGGAGGAGGAGGCAGGCUCGGGCGGCGGCGGUGGCAACGGGCUGUGGCAGUUCUUGGCCAGAGGCGUAGCGGCCCUCGCGGUGCCCGACACGAACCCGGAGGUGCUGACGGAGGCGGCGGCGGCGGCGGCCGAGGAAGAGGCUAGGACGGCGCUGGCGGCGGCCCUCGGUGCCGGGCCUGUAGUGGUGGGAGGCGAGCCUGUGGGCGACGGAGAUGCGCUGUCGUCGGCGUCGUCGCUGCUGCGCAUGGAGGAGGAGGAAGAGGAAGAGGAGGAGAAGGGCGGCGGCGAGGGAGAGGAGGAGCCGCGGUAUGAGGAGGAAGGUGGUGGUGGUGGUGGUGGUGGUGAGGGCUACGAGUUCUCCGACUUCGACGAGGACGACGAGGAGGAGGGCAUGAUGGUGGACGUGAUGAGCGCGAUCAUCGAGGGGGAGGCGGAGGACGAGUCGGAACGGUCGUCCUUGUCUUCUACCGCUUUCCGCUCGAACGGCAGCAACAACAACAACGACAACGACAACAACGCCCACAACUACCACGACGACGAUGACGGCAUCAGACCCGAUGACGGCAUCAGACCCGAACGGUCCGGAGAAAAAGAACAAGCUUCGGACCCCGCCAAACGAACGGGUGGCCACGAAGAAGACCCCGUCGGUGGAGGAGACAACGAUUACCGGGGAGGCGAGCAAGGCGCUGCUGCUGCUGCUGCUGAUGAUGAUGAUGAUGAUGACGAUGAAGAUGACUCUGACGAGGAGGUGUGGGUGUGGUCGCCGGACGACGUCGAGAUGCGAAGCGAGUUCAGCAGCAUGCCCGGCGGCAGCAGCAUCCGCGGCGACAGCACCAGCGUCCGCGGCGACAGCAGCAUGCGCGUUCCGGGGGAUUAUGACCUCGAGGAAGAGGAGGAGAACGACCUCGACGAAGACAUGCCCGCCACCAAGCGAGAGGGUCACCGCAGCAGCAGCAGCAGCAGCAGCCUGGAUGGCAAGGGCGGUGAGGGUGGUGCCCGCGACUCGGCGUGCGAAGUUCUGCCGAUGAGCAUCGGCGCCCGCGCCUGCGGGGACUCGGCGUGCGAGGUCUUGCCGAGGGAAGGAGACCAGGUGGAAGAGCGGGCCCGUGCCAUCGAGAAGAAGAGCGAGGAGGAAGGGGGACAGGAUCAGCAGGUGGUGGUAGAGGUGGUCGAUGCGAUGGAGGAAAGGGGCCAGGAUCAGCAGCAGGUGGUGGUAGAGGAGGUCCCCACGGAGGAGGCGGUGGCAGAGGCGGCGGGGACGGUGGUGACGGACCCCAACCCAGCUGCUGCAGGAGAGGAAGAUGGCUCGGACGAUGCUACCACCGCCUCCACGCCCGCAGCCGUUGCCGCCGACAACGCCGACAACGCCGACAACGCCCCCCCGCUUGAAGACAGCAGUCCCGAGGAGGUGGAGGAAGAAGAAGAGGAGCAGCACAGCGGUGACCACCACCACCACCACCAGCAUCAGCAGCAGCUCCCGGCCCGGAGCAAAGUCGGCGAGGGCGCCGGGGCGGGCGGCGUCUGGGCAGACUUCGGGUGCACGGAGGGGUACGGCGAUGGGUACGGCGACAGCGACGCCGAGAGCGAGUACACACCAGAAGAGGCGAUCGAGGUCCUGCGCAAGGCGGCCAUCAGGUACUCCACCGCCGGGAGGGCGGCGGCGGGGGGGCUCCGCGCCAGCAGCGCCGGGGGAAUGAGCACGGGCAGCCUCAGGAGCUUGCUGCAGCAGGCGGCCGCGGAGGAGGAGGAAGAGGAAGCUGCUCCUGACGAUGGAGGAGGGAAAGGAACUAUUAAUAGUACUCCUGCCCGUUCUCGUUGUUCGUCUGCCCGCUCUUCGCUGCUUGUCGCCGCCGAGAGCGAUGGUUGCGCCGAGGAGGAGGGAGGCGGGGAGAAGGGGGGAAACCCGGAGGGCAUGCUCAAGAUGGAGAAGAGCUUCAAGAAGGCGUGCAGGAUUCUAGGAAUCGACAUGAACCACUUCUUCGACACCAUCCUCGAGUCCUCCUUGGGAAACGACCUCGAUCAGUACUCGGUCACCGACUCCGCGGCAGCCGUAGCCGUCGCGGCCGCCGGCAUCACGGCGCCGGCUAACUCCGUCGUGGUGACCCCGCGCCCCCUCUCGUCCAUCGUCCAGGCAGGCUCCCCCCGAGUCCAGGUGCCGGAGCCCCCGUCCACUCCGCGGGGCCCCUCCUCCUUCGACGACGACGACAAGAAGAAGGCGGCCGUCAUGUUUGCAACUCCCGCGAGGGCCGGUAGGGGCGGUGCAGCCGACGACAACAGGGACGCCGUUGCCGUGUUUGCGACUCCUGCCCGGGCCGGUCGAAGCGGUGCAGCGGAAGACAACAAGAACGCCGCCGCCAUGUUUACAACUCCCGCGAGGGCCGGCAGGGGCGACGCAGCCGACAACAAGAACACCGCCGCCAUGUUCACGACUCCGGCGCGGGCCGGUAGGAGCGGGCGGUUCACCGGAGGAAAGAAGCGGCACAACCGAAUCAUGUGCUCGUCUUUCGAAGAAGAAGGGGAAGAGGAGGACGAAGCGUUCGGGGACGGAAACGACGGCGGCGCCGGUGCGCCUCCUGCCGAUGGGGCAGCCGCGGCUGAGAAAAAGGCGGGUAGUGAUGGUGGGGUCGGUCGCGCGAACGCCGUGGCGGCCGAAGCUGCCGCCUCCAUGAAGGCCCAGAAGGAUGCGGCCGCCGCCGCUGCUGCCGUCAGCGCCGUGAUCGCGGCGAAGAAGGAGACGGUCCCGGAAGAGGCUGUGGUUCCGGCGGAUGCAACAACCCGUGACGAGAGUGUGCAAGACGAGGUGGUGGAACAGGAGACACAUGUAGGAGGAGAGGAGGAGGUUGUUGUAGUCGACGCCGUGGCGGAAGAGCUCAAGGGGGAGAACGAUGCUAUCGUGAAGCCGCAGCAACAAGAGAUGGAGGAGGGCGAUGGUGUGGUCGUGGAGGGAGAGCAGUCGAGCGACCGGAAGAUGCUCGUCAGCGAGGGCGUAGUGAUGGAGCGGGCCGACAUCGCUGGGGCUGACCUUGUCCUGGUGAAGGGUCAGCUGGAGGGGGCCAUGGACGUGAAGAACUUGGACAUCGAGAAAGGAGCCAUCGUGAAGGGAGACGUGCUCGCCGACUGCGUUACCGUCAAGGGUAGCUUCGACGGGAACAUCGAGUGCAAGGACCUGUUGAUUGUCAGGCGCGGCGGUACGUGCUCCGGAAAGGUCUCGUACGCUGAGAUGAGGGUAGAGCCCGGGGCUAACGUGGAGGCCACCAUGCGACUCCUCGGCGCCGCCGAUGCUAAGGACAAGGACGGGUACCCCACCGUCCUCUCUCUGCCCGCUGGCGCCUUCGCGGUCGCACCCACCGCCGCCGCCGCCGCCGCCGCCGGCACCACCGUUGUCCCGACGGCAACGGCGAUAACGGCGAUGGCACCGCCGGUCGCGCCGGCUACCACUUCGGCUGUGCCGCCGCCGUCGCCUACCUCCGCAUCCGGAGAGGAGGGGCCGGAGACGGCGGCGACGUCGACGCCUUCGGCAUCGUCGGAAACCCCUGCAGCUGUAGCCGCCGCCGUUGACCCCGCUUCUCCCGCCGCCGCCGCCGCCGCCGCCACCGCUCCCGCGGAGUUGAUCUCGACGGAACUCCCGAGUCCGUCGAGGCGGUCGUGGACCUGGGCUGAGCACCCGACUUUCACGUUGCCGACAACGCCGACCGGCCUGGAGGCUGCGGUGGCGGCUAUGGAGCAGAAGCAGCGCGGGGCGGGAGCGGUCAGGCUUUCCGCCAGCAGCGGGGCGGCGGCGGCGGGUGCAGCGGCAGCAGCAGCGGCGGCGCCGGCGGCGGCGGCGAAGGAAGAAGAAGCCGAUUCGGUGGCGGAAGUCGCCGUAACGGGCGGGGUGGACCGCGGCGACGGUAUCGUCAGCACCAGCACCACCGCCGGGCUCACGAUCGUGGCCGUGUCCCCCCGCAACACCAACCAGGUCGGCCACUUCACCACCAUCACUUCCUCCUCCUCGGGGGGUGCUCGUUCUUUCGCUACCACCGCCACCGGCGCCGCCCCCGGCAGCGGCGGCGCCUCUUCCUCCCUCUCGCCCUCUCGUCGGCUGCUCAGCCCUUCCGCAAAGGGUGCCCUGGUCGAGGAAGGGAAGCGGGCGCUCCUAGCGGCCAGGAAGGAGAAGCGGGAGCGGGAGAGGCUCGCCGAGCUCGCCGCGAGGGUUGCCGCCCCCUCCAAGACGGAUGCUGAUGCCGCCGCAGAAGAACGGCGUCUGGCCGAGAGCAAGAGGAUGACCCUUCAGGAGAAGGCGGCCGCGGCGGUAAUGCCGUGGGGCGCCGGUGUCGGAGUCGCCGCCACUUCCAGGAGGAAGAACCUGGUGGAGGUAAUCCCGGCGUCGUUGUCGCCAAAGCCCAAGAGGGCCGCUGACGGGGGCGACACGGUUGGCCUCGACGACCCCCAACACUACCACCAGCGCUGGCUCCAGCAGCAGCAGCAGAAGAAGAAGCAGCAGCAGCAGCAAGAGCAGGAGCAAGAGGAGCCGGCUGCUUCUUCCACGAAGAAGCUCGGAGGAGGAGCGAGAGCGUUCCUGCUCAACCUCGUGCCGGGAGCAGAGAGGAGUGACCCCGCCGCCGCCGCUGCCGCCGGCGAACACCCCGCUACCAAGACCCCCGAGUGCACGCCCCCGGGGAGUUCCAAGGGCGGCAGGGAUGCACCAUCAUCGUCAUCGUCUCAGCACUUCUCGAGGAGGUUCCGCCGCACCAACAGCCUGGAGAACAAGCUGGGCCGCGGAUGGCGGGCGGGGAAGGGGGGGGGCGGCGCGAUGGCCGAGCAGCCCUCGUCCCCCCCGCGGUCGUACUUGGACUCCGAUGACGCCGCGGCGCAAUCGACGGCGGUUUCACCCGGAGGCGGCGGCGGAGGAGGCGUUAUGGCGGGAGUGAACCCCGGGGGUGACAGCGGAGGACGAUCGUCGCCGGCUCUCUCUGGGAUCGAGAGCGGCAGCAGGAACGGGACGUGCUCCGGCGGCGGUGCCACUGCCCUGGGAGAGAAGACGGCGGGGAUAAUCACGGCGCCGUUUGCGGCGGUCGGCGGGGCGAUCGCUGCCCGGAGGAGGGUCAGGGGGUGGAGGACGGUAGUGGGCGGCGUUGAGGCCGGGGACCUUUACCAAUGA